AUAAUAGAAUAUUAUUAAAGUUUUCAUUAAAAUAUAAGUAUUUAUCUUAAAAUACAUCUCGAGUUUCCUUUAAAAAAAAACCCAGACUCUAAAUUAAGAAAUGACAAGUUCAAAGUCAUUUAAAGGGAUCUAAAUGUCUAAGGCAAUUUAGGAGAUGACUCCAGGACUGGGACUUGAAAUGAGAUUUUACAGUCUGGGCCUCUGGGGCAACAAGGAGACAGCAUGGGGAACUUUUAAAAGGCCUUUUCGGCUUUUCUGGGCCGCCGUUGGCAACAACAAAGAAGUAAGAAGAAAAAAUAUCGAAGCUACUGUGAAGGAGGAAAAGGUUGCGGCGGCGGCGGCGGAGGAGACCGGAAAGGCAAAGGAGGCAGAGAACGUGAAAACUGGGGAAGAAGAGACAGGGAAACCCGAGGAGGAAGAGAAAGGAGAAUCUGAGGACGAGGAGGAGAAAGGAGAUGAUGGUGAUGGGUCUGAUAACAAGGGGAUGAUUACUGGUGAGCUUUUCUGUGCUUUGCACGACUGUGAUUGAGUAUUGGGCAACAAGAUUGCAAUUUGCAUUUGUGUUUCUAUACUUGCUUGAAUUGCUUCCAAUUUUGAUAGAUUAGGUUGGAAUUGAAUCUUGGAAUUGAAUCCAGGUCAAAAGAUUUAUUUGUUAUAGUAAUAGCAUUUUAUGGUAUUUUUAUCCUUCCCUUCUUUUGGUUGUUUCAAGUUAUCUUGAUGCUGCCAAGACGAUGCAUUUUUUGAAUACU